AUGCCGGUUCAGCAGAGCAGAUCCCACGCCAGGGAGAGGAACAAUGUUCUGAACAGAGCCGAGUUCAUGUCCCUCACCCAGACCAUGAGGGGCACUCAAGAGGGCCGGAGUUCGCUGAGGAAGUGCAGUGGGCAGCAACAGCCCCUGCCAACUGAGGGGAAAGAUUGCCCCCAUCUGCCCGAGGAGGACUGCAUGCAGCUCAACCCGUCUCUGCGAGGAAUCGCCAUUAACUCGCUGAUGGCCAUUGACAUCUGUCUGUCCAAGAGGAUAGGGGUCUGUGCCAACAGCUCCUCCAGCUGGACCAGUGCCCGGCCUAUCGUCAAGCUAAUUGGGGUAACGGGUCAUGGGGUGCCCUGGAUCGGAGGCACAAUCUUCUGUCUGACCAAGAGCAACACAACAGCUGGGCAGGAGGUCAUCUUCAAUCUUCUGUUUGCCUUGAUCCUUGACCUUCUGGUGGUGGCAGCAGUGCAGAAGAUGGUAAAGAGAAAGGCACCUUCGGAGGUGAGCCCCAGCUUGCUGGAUUAUAUCGUCAUGGAUGUCUUCGCUUUCCCGGCCGGUCAAGCCAGCAGAGCUGUCAUGGUGACUCGAUUCUUCUUCAACCACCUGGUCCUAGCUGUGCCCCUGCGGAUCCUCUUGGUGAUCUGGGCUGGAGUCAUUGGCGUCUCCCGUGUCAUGAUUGGCCGGCAUUACGUGACAGAUGUCUUCUGUGGAUUUUUCAUUGGCUACCUGCAGUUCAAUUUGGUGGAGCUCCUAUGGAUACCAUCUGGUACCUGUCAGCUCCUCAUCUCAGUUAUCCCGAACUUCCAGGGCACUUAG